GCUGCAGCUUUAAAUUUGUUAGGUAUAGUGGUCUUUACAACAUAUAAAUACCUCUCGUUUUGCAUGCAGUGAUGCACGAUGGGCCACGCCGCACAUCUGUGCCGUAGGACUAAACUGCAAUAAGUAUGGAGAAGACCGGACUGAGACUUCUAGUUAUAGGCGUCGUUUCUCUUGGCUUGGAACUUGCAAAUGGCGAAAAUAACUGCACCUAUUUGGAGGUGCCAGUAAGAGGCUACGCACCUCAGAGGGACCGUUUCUGCAAACCAUGGCUCACGCUCCCGGCUAAGCUGUUUGAGCGGCGCUGGUGCCUGUGCAAGACGGGUUACCUACGCAACGCCUGGGGACAAUGCAUCGAAGAAAAGAAAUGCGGCAGUUGCUGGUACAGAGAUAACAUGGACUUCAACGAGUGCUCGUCCGCCUGUCCUGUUGUCUGUGGACAACGUGUCCCCACUGUCUGCACAGACCAAUGCGUGGUUGGGUGCGCCUGCCCGCCUGGAUUCGUGCUAGACCCCUUGCGGCAGAAGACCUGCACGCCAGCUAGCUGGUGUCCUCCCAUCUGCCCACGCAAUUCUGCCUUCCAUAUAUGCGCGUCAUCUUGCUCACCAACGUGCCGUGACCCUCGACCAACAGGCUGCGAAAUUCGGUGUCAUGAAGGUGAAUGCGUUUGCUUGCCCGGAUUCUACAAGACGGUUCGCAACGGAAAGGAAAUGUGCGUACGCUGGAGCCAGUGUACAUCGAGAGCAGAAUAAACACAUAGUUGUGGAACUCGA